GUAAGCAGUGGAAAUACCAGCUAUAAACAACAUUGUCAUCUACACGCCGCUCUAGUUCAGUAGCAGACGUAACGGACGGCAGUAGAGACUACCGCCAUGGAUUGUGGGCGUACGUUAAAGCGUAGAUGUCACGCUCAGAACACGAGCAGUGCAGACGAUGACAAGGUUUACAUGAGGAAAGAGUUAACUCUUCUAAGGGCCGUGGCGCUGAACGCAGGCAGUGUGAUAGGAUCGGGCAUCUUCGUGUCGCCUCGCGGAGUUCUCUCUCACGCUGGCUCCGUGGGUCUCUCUCUUAUCGUCUGGGUUGCCUGCGGGGUCUUUUCCGCGUUCGGUUCUCUGUCGUACGCUGAGAUCGGGCUCACAGUUCCCAAGUCCGGAGGCAUUUACACGUACCUACACGAGGCGUUCGGCUCGCUCGUCUCGUUUCUUUUCAUCUGGACGGAGUUGCUGCUGCGACGGCCCACCUCUCAGAGCAUCGCGGCGCUGGCCACCGUCAAGUACUUCCUAGAGCCGAUGUUUGUAGGGUGUGACGUAUCGCCGGGGGUGACUCGCCUACUCGCCAUAUUCGUACUCAUAAGUCUGACAGCUCUGAACUGCUGGAGUGUAACAUGGGCCGCACACAUGCAGAACUGGAUGUUCUACAUUAAAUUGGUGGCCCUGGGUGCAAUUAUUAUCAUGGGAUUUGUGCAAAUGAUCAUGAGUGAGGGAGACAUCCCAGGUUUCCAGUCCGCCUUCGCCGGGAGCUCGUCUUCGAUCGGGGAGAUAGGCCUGGCGAUGUAUUCCGGUCUAUUCGCUUACGCCGGUUUCGAAGUCAUUAAUUAUAGUGCUGAAGAGAUAAAAGAUGUUAAAAGGAAUCUUCCAAGGACGAUAUACAUUUCCAUAGCUAUCGUGACCACUGUGUAUACAUUAGGCAACAUUGCCUACUUCACAGUUCUUACGAAAGAAGAAAUACUGGGGAGCAGUGCUGUUGCAGCGACUUUUGCGGAACGCACCAUGGGACCUAUAGCGAUAAUAAUACCUAUCAUGGUCAUGUGUUCCGUGAUGGGAGGUCUCAACUGUAACAUAUUCACUACUGGAAGGGUCUAUUUUGUGAGCGCUAGAGAUGGAGGACACAUGCCUUCCAUCAUAGGCAUGCUCAACGUACAUCGUUACACGCCAUUCCCUGCAAUGAUACUCAGCGUAAUGUCUCGUCCAUUACACCGUG